CCUGAUUCUCAAGUAGAAUUUUUAGCCAACAUUUUACUCUGUGCGGGUAGUUCUUACGGGGAGGUUAAGCUGACGGAUUUCGGCUUAUCGAAAGUGAUGGAAGACGACAAAUACGACCCUUCAGUCGGCAUGGAUUUAACGUCACAGGGUGCCGGAACAUACUGGUAUUUACCUCCGGAAUGCUUUGUGAUUGGCCAGCAACCUCCAAAAAUCAGUUCUAAAGUCGAUGUUUGGAGUAUCGGUGUCAUUUUUUAUCAGUGUCUGUACGGACGUCGACCUUUUGGACAUGAUCAAUCACAGGCAAAGAUUCUGGAAGAAAAUACAAUUUUGAGGGCGACGGAAGUUAAUUUUCCGAACAAACCAGUGGUGACCAGUGAAGCAAAGGCUUUUAUUCGGUGCUGUUUGCAGUAUCGCAAAGAGGACAGGGCAGAUGUGUUCCAGCUCUACAAUCACGAGUAUUUAAGACCGAAAGGUCAAAAGUUUCAAUCAGGAUGCGGAGCGGUUAUCUGCGGUGGAACAUCAUCUUGA